AAGAAACAACAAUUCUCGGUAGCUUUUUACCUGUGACAGGGAGUCGAUCCUCCGAAUAUCAUCCGACCCUUUUGUCUUAUUGGCUCUAUCCUUGGUCGGAAUACAGGUCUUCCUAACCGGUUACGCUCAACAUCGUCAUCGCAUUUCUAUAGUCCGAGGGGAGGCGGCGUUAAAGAACAGAUAAGGAACAUACAUAUAAGGUAGGUAGGCUACCACUUCUACCUAUAUGUAAAGCCUGCAAUGACGCUCCACGGAGAACUCACAUCACACAAUAUGAGCAAAGUGAUUACCGUACAUACGUCUUCUCUCUUCGACUCGAAGCAGAAAUGCUUCGUUUCGGACCUAUCUCUCUCGAUUGACGCCAGUACUGGUUUAAUCACAAGAGUCUAUAAGCGCGAAGGACCAGUGGACGAUGCAUCGCACCCCAACACGAUCGACCUCCGCGGUCUUACCGUUCUCCCCGGGUUGGUUGACGCGCAUACGCAUAUAUUUCUACACCCGUACUCCGAAGUGUCUUCCACGAACCAGAUGCGCGACGAGAGCUUCGUCGAGAGAGUAGUGCGGGCUACGAACCACGCCAAGGCCGGUUUGAUGGCGGGCUAUACCACCUACCGCGACCUGGGUACCGAAGGCCUCCGGGACGCGGACGUGAGCUUCAGAGACACGAUUAACCGCGGCAUCAUCCCCGGGCCGCGCAUGUUCGUUGCGACCGAAUGCAUCGCGUCGAGCGGCGGUUACGAGACGCGGCUGGAAAACGGCUUUCCGGGAGUCGGCCAGACCGCCCCUCGCAUAUCGGAUCCCGCGGAUGGGGUCGACGGCGUCCGGGCGGCGGUACGGAGACGCCUGGGUGCAGGGGCUGAUAUUAUCAAGUUCUACGCCGACUACAGGAAGCGAGUGCUGCGAUAUCCGAAGCCCAGCUGGCCGGGCGCAUUGGACGUGUGCUUCCCGCCGUCCGACGACGCUUUUACCGGGCAGAGAAACCCGAACGUGCUCCUGUUUACCCAAGAGGAGAUGAACGAGAUGGUCUCCGAAGCCAAGCGCUCCGGCGCCCCUAUCUGCGCCCACGCGCAGAGCCCCGAGGCCGUUGUGAUGGCGGCCAAGGCGGGCGUGACGUCUAUCGAGCACGGAUAUAUGCCUAGCGAGGAGCCUCUGAAGGCAAUGAAGGAGAACAAUACUAUUUUCGUGCCGACGCUGGCAGUCUUUCAGGUUUCGUUAGGGGACGACAGUCAUGUGAUGAAAGCUAUCCUGAAGCACAUCAAGGCGGCCUACGAUCAGGGCAUCAAGUUCGCCGCGGGCGGCGACACAGGGGCUUUCGCGCAUGGCGAAAACGUUUUCGAGCUAGAAUUGAUGGCGAAGGCAGGUAUACCUGUCCUUGACGUCUUACAAGCAGCAACAUUGCAUGGUUGGGAGGUGUGUGGUGGUGAUCUUUGUGGCAAAAGAUUUGGGCUGCUGGAUAAGGGAUUUACGGCUGAUAUCAUUGCUGUUGACGGGAACCCGAUAGAAGACCUUAGUGCGUUAAGGCGAGUAAAGUUCGUUAUGAAGGAUGGCAUCGUAUAUAAGGACGAGCUUAAGAGCUUAUCCUAGAUAUGAUUAUAAUAAUGGGCAAGUCUAAUGAGAUAUGGGACUUGAUACAUAUUUUCAGAAACCAUUUUGUUCCUGAACGCUCCGCAUGCCACUAGAUUUAAUAGUCUGCUAACUCAGACAGGCGCCUGGGACCAACCAUACUCAGCGAUCAAGUCUUUAGUUCUGGCAACCUGAUUCAAACAAGACUUAGCAAAUACUAAUACUCGAAUAAAU